UGUAUCGGCAUUGGCAUAUCAACUGCAUCACUGUUUGCAUAUUUAUGGGGUGCAUACAGUAGUGUAAGAAUAAUAUGUGGAGUUAUUGCUGCGCGGAUGAUAUUCUCCACUGCCUGUUUAUACAUUCCAACAGAGAGUUUUGGAUUUUGGGCCUUACUCUGCCUUCAAAGUUCAUUAACCUCAGUCAGAGGCAGUUAUAUAACUGCUGCUCCUCUGAUAAUCGCCGAUCUAUUUGAAAACAGAACUCGAACUUUAAUACAGUGCAUCUUUUACAUCCUUUUUUCUAUUGCAUGUGCCGUGGGGUCCAUUUUUGGACCAUUUGUGACUGCCCUUUUGGGUUCCAAGUGGCGCAUUGCACUACAGGUGGACAUCUGGUUUGACCUGGUUAUGAUUCUGGUAUUUAUUUUACUGAUAACCAAACCAGGUGUAGGUGGCUUGGUGAUUAAUCCUACAAUUGAAAAGAAGAAAAGAAGCCUUAAAUUGGAUAUUUUGGACAUGAUUGUAAAUCGCAGCUUGAUUUGCUCGGUUGUCGGAUUUGGAGCUGCUUCUUUUGCUACUAAAGGGGCAUUUGUCUGGAUUCAAAUCCUAAUGAAGAGAGUCUACAAUGAGCAGGAGCGAUAUUACAUACUUGGAAGGAAUAUUGAGUACAGCACACUAUAUGAAUUAGGGAAAUGCGUGUCUGUUGUGCUUGGCAUUGUAUUGGGCACAGUGAUCAGUUCCAUUCGCCGAAAAGCGAAUCGACGAGCAGAUCCGAUACUGUGCGCCAUAGGACUUCUCCUGGCUAUUCCACUUAUGUGCUUGAGUAUUUUCCUAAUGAGGAUGAGUUUCUUCACAGCUCAAGUUUUCCUCUUUUUAAGUUGGAUUUGCCUGUCUCUGAACCAGGUCCCAGUAAACGAAAUUAUUCUGACAACAGUGCUUCCAACCCGCUUCGGUUGGGCAUUUUCUGAAAAGUCAGUUGUAGAAUCAAUAAUGGCAGAUAAAGGGGUUACAAAACUCUUGCAUUGGAUUUUUGAAAGACUAAAUAGAGCCGCACCAUACCUGUCCCAGAACAGUACAGAGAUCAUUCUCUUGAUUAUCCCAUUCAUGGCUUUCGUCGGAGCUGGAUUAUUUUUACUUACAAGUAAAUAUAUUGAAGAGGAUGAGAAGAAAGUAAAGCAAUUUAUGGAUACACCAGAUCCUGUGCUACCUUAGAAGAAGAAGGUACAUGGCUUUCGUCGGAGCUGGAUUAUUUUUACUUACAAGUAAAUAUAUUGAAGAGGAUGAGAAGAAAGUAAAGCAAUUUAUGGAUACACCAGAUCCUGUGCUACCUUAGAAGAAGAAGGUACAUGGCUUUCGUCGGAGCUGGAUUAUUUUUACUUACAAGUAAAUAUAUUGAAGAGGAUGAGAAGAAAGUAAAGCAAUUUAUGGAUACACCAGAUCCUGUGCUACCUUAGAAGAAGAAGGUACAUGGCUUUCGUCGGAGCUGGAUUAUUUUUACUUACAAGUAAAUAUAUUGAAGAGGAUGAGAAGAAAGUAAAGCAAUUUAUGGAUACACCAGAUCCUGUGCUACCUUAGAAGAGGAAGGUACAGCCUGAUGGUUACAGAUAUAGCUGUUCUAUACUGAAAGAAAAGGAAAAAACUUGUACACCAACAGCGCUGAGUAUUACCCCCAGCUUUUCUUCAGCAUCUUGGCUUAACUGACAACACUACAGGGGUAUGGUCCAGUUGAUCCAGGGACUAGUCCGAUUGCCAUCUUGGAGUCAGGAAGGAAUUUUUUCCCCUCAGCGGCAAAUUAGAGAGGCUUCAGAUGGGGUUUUUUGCCUUCCUCUGGAUCAACUAGUAGUUAGGCAGGUAAUAUAUAGGCAUUACGGUUGAACGUGAUGGACGUAUGUCUUUUUUCAACCCAGCUUACUAUGUUACUAUGUAUUCUCCAAAGUUUGGGUGAGAAAUCUGUAACUCAGCGUAACGACUAAUCCUGCCAAAACCAAAAGUCAAUGUGGACCAAAGAUGUGUACACCUUCUCCGCCAAAGUCAGAUUCUAUCCGGAAAGCACAAGCAAGUUACAACAAAACCAACGCUACAGAAGACUAAAAUACCCUUCGUGAAGUCUGAAGAAGUUGCUAUCUAUUGCCAUGAAAUUCGAAACCUGACUGUUUCCUUGGCCAUGUGCUUUUGAGAAUUAUUUAAUAAAUGAUAAUAAUAACUA